AUGACGAAAGCCGAGCAGAAGAAAGCCGUGCAGUUCACCCGCAUGUGCAAAUUCUGGCGGACAAAUGAGUGCAAGAUGGGGACAGAUUGCACCUUCGCGCACACCACGGAGGAGUUGCGUCCCAGCCCGAAGCCUUGCUUUGACUUCGUGAAGAAGGGCAUCUGUUCACGGGGCCAGGCAUGCAGGUUUGUGCACGACCUGAAUGGUAUCAAGCCGAAGGCUAAGAUGGAGGUGCAGUAUGCCUUGGAGAACUUCCAGCCUUGCGCCGUGCCAUCCCAAGUCCUUGCCACCUACAUGCUACCCCAGAGCCCUAUGAACGUCGAAGGAUGGCUCGAGCCGCAAUAUGCCUAUACGCAAGCACCAUGGCCAACCACGUCCACGUUGGAGGACCGCUUGAGCUCCAGCUAUGCACCACCCGGGCUGGACCAGAUCCCUUUGCCCGCGAGCCUCGUUGAUGAUCCAGAGCUCAUGGCAGACAAGUUGAGCAAGGAACAUUCCCGUCGCCCCAGCUUGUGUGAAACCUCACUGGGCUUGGGGCAGUUUUCGGUCUCUCUGGCCAAGACCAUGGACCCAGAGGACAUAUUUGGCACAGGGAGUUUGACAUCGACGAUGUCCCUGAGCGGAGCCGCAUCACACUUGAGUGACUUUGAGGGGCCAUACACGAGGUUGUUUGUGUAG